AUGAACUCAGAACCAGAAGAAACCCUGCCGAUCUCCAUCGCAGCAGCGGCAGGUGACGCCAGAGCAGUCACAGCCCUGCUCGAGGCGGACCGAGGCAUAGGUCAGCCUUACGGAUACAUGAUAGACAUGGCUCUUCUCUACGCAUCAGGACACGGCCACCCAGCGCUCGUCAAGACUCUCCUCGAAAAGGGCGCGAAGGUCGUUCCCCGAAGGCCAUUUCCCUCAUCGCCUUCGGGUGGCGCGUGGAAAGCCCGAUUCGAGGCACACCUUGCCGCGAGCACAACCACCGCUCUCCACCUCGCAGUCAAGAAUAAACAGCGCGAGGUAGUCAAGGUGCUUCUACGGAGACAGCAGAGGUUCUCACUCGGCGGCACGUGGCGAAUAGGGAAGAAUGCGGGCAAGGGUGGGCUGUGGAUGGCGGCGCUGCAGACGGCCGCUGCGGACAACGACCUCGACAUGGCGCAGGUACUAAUCAAGGGUGGAGUGCACGUGCAGUAUGGAUAUCGGUGCGACAACUGCGCGCAUCUGGCCGAGUUGGGCGGGUGUUCGGCCUGCGUUGAUGUCGCGGGGAGGACGGCGCUCCAUCUUGCGGCACAGCUUGGAUACACGGAGAUGGUGCAAUUACUACUUCGAUAUGGCGCAAAUCGUUCGUUCAAGUCUCAGUGGCGAUGGCCGCCGUUGCAUGUUGCGGCAGAGGGUGGGCACGAUCAGGUCGUUUCGAUGUUGUUGAAACAUGGUUCGAGGGUAGACGAGCUGGAUAAGGAUGGCUUCUCGGCGCUAUAUGUGGCGGCGCGGAGUGGACAGGAGAAAGUCUUUCAGGUCCUUAGGGCGCAAGAGCCUGAUCCAAAAGAAGCUGCAAGGAGGCUUCUAAAAGAGGUGGCGACAACAAUGGAAGAGCCAGUCCUCAAGAAAAGCGACGCACUGAAUAUCCUCUUACCUGAUCUCUUCACCCUUGCGUACGACGAAGUCAGGGACCACUUUUUUAGCGCAAUAUCCAAUCGGAAUGCCCUCCUCUUCUCUGCGCUCCUUCGGCAUCCUGCAAUCAUACAGUCUAUCGGGUUCAUGCCCCGCAGCUACGAGUUCCGACUUAUCACGAGCAGCGGAUACGGCGACCUUGUCGAAGCCCUGAUUGAGAACUGGCCGUGGCGAGCCGAGGCCAAGCUUGCAGCGCUGCCUGGAGUAUUUUACGCGGGUGGCAGUGGCUCAAUUCGGGCGGUCGAGGCGUUUCUCAACUGGCAGGGUAAAGACCAGGACCGUGAUUUGUAUCUCCUCUGUGGCCUCCUCGGCGCGGUGGAUAGAUCCAGAUACGCAACUACAGAGUUCUUGGUGAAGAGCCGGGCCCCCAUGAAUCCGCUGGAUGUGGAGAGUCUGUCCUUUCUGCGUAAGGAACUCGGCAUCUUCUACCUGAAUCCUCUCCACGUCGCUGUCGCGGGAUCCUCGUACCGGAUCUGUGAGAUGCUGGUCAACAACGGGGCAGACGUCAACCAACGGCAUAUCCGAGGAACAACCAAAGCGGGCUCUUUGGACGCUAGUAGUACUGUGACUCCACUGCACCUCGCAGUAGAAUCCAACCGCGUCAGCGUGUCCAACCUUCUUCUGAGGCACGGGGCACGAACGGAAGGUACCGACGUGGACGGGCGAACGGCCUUGCAUAUUGCCGCCCAUAGAGAUGCGAAGGGGAUUGUUGAGAUUCUUGUCCAGCACGGCGCGGAUGCCGAGGCUAGAGAUGCGAGAGGCAUGACGCCGUUGCAUGUUGCUGGUGCGGCCCUGUCGCGCGGGGCGUAUGCCGAGUUGAUACGCCUUGGAGCGGAUAUAUCAGCCCGUGAUGGGAGUGGGCUUUGUGCAGCGGAACUACAGGACUUGGCGAGGAGGAGGAUUACUCGGGACAUGUGA